AUGGACUCGUUAAUCGACCUCUCCGAGUCUUCCAAGGCUCUUGACUUGUCUCGCAUUCGCUUCCAGUUGAUCCGGUUGGAGGACACCAUCACCUUCCACCUGAUCGAGCGCGUGCAGUUCCCGCUUAACCCCAACAUCUACACCCCAGGCGCCAUUCACUCGAUUACCCCCGCAUCUUCGUACCCCAACGACGUCAACGUCAACGACAAAAUCAAGAAGUUCUACAUUGAAAAAUUCCUACCCAAGACAGGGCAGGCCAUUGGAGACGCCAUCAACGAACAAGGCGGUCGAGAAGAAGGUGCUGGAGGAGGCUACAAGCUCAAGGCGCAAACGUAUCGGUACCGACCCUUUCGCUGGGGGCCCGACGGGGUGGGAUCCCAGAGCAAGAAUCAACGUGGGACGCUUGUCGUGGACUAUUGUAUUGAGGACUUUGGUCAUCCCUCUGACAAAAGAGGUUGA